AUGCCUCGAAAGUCAAGGGCAGCCGCCCAGGCCGCAGCCAAAUUAAUCAAAAAUGUCCCAGUGCUUCCUGAUGGAUCUGACGAGGAGAUGCUUGAUUUACCUUCCUCCCAUGAAUCCUCCCCCGUAGCUGAGCCUCGGGACUCUCCCGAAAACGACCCUGACGUUGAACCCGAAGCUGAACCCGAAGCUGAAGCUGAGAAUCAACCUCAAUCGCAAGCUGAGCCCGAAGCUGAAGCUGAAGGCACACAAGCCGAGGCCAGCGCAACACCUGGUACCCCUAAGGUCGAUGAGGAAUUGAGUACCGCAACCCCCGCAGAAGACUCGAUCCUCGAGUCAGCUCCCACUCCAACUCACGGACCUGGCCGUCCCGGUAUCUACCCACGCGGCAAGCGUCGCAUCGGUCGUCCCCCCAAGAACCCACGACCUAUUGAAUACGAGGCAGACGGCGAAACACCAAUCCGAGUGACCACACCCGCCAAACGCCGCCGUGGUCGCCCUGCUGCCAGUGGAGGACGUUGGGCGCGCAACCGUGGACCUUCUCACCUCACUCAGGUCCCCGUCGACAAAGAAGGAAACAUGAUGGAUGUCAUCAACGACGAGGUGUCGAUCCCGCCGGACCCAAUUGGCGCCACCAAGGUCGAUGAGAAUGGCCACCUGCAAGGCGGACGAGAGUACCGUGUGCGUACCUUCAAGAUCCUGGGCCGUGGCGAUCGCCUCUACAUGUUGUCGACGGAGCCGGCUCGCUGCAUUGGUUUCCGUGACUCGUACCUUUUCUUCCAGAAGCAUAAGAUGCUUUACAAGAUUAUCAUCGAUGACGAUGCGAAGCGCGAUCUAAUCGAGCGCGACCUCAUCCCGCACUCCUACAAGGGCCGGGCCAUCGGUGUUGUUACUGCGCGCUCUGUCUUCCGCGAAUUCGGUGCAAAGAUUAUCGUCGGCGGCAAGAAGAUUACCGAUGACUACGAUGAAGCUGUUGCCCGCGAGCGCGGCGACGUUGAGGGCGAGCUGGCCGUUCCGGAAGAUAGAAUUCCUGGACCUGGAGAAACUUACAACCGUAACCAGUAUGUCGCCUGGCAUGGUGCAAGCAGUGUCUACCACAACAAUGCGCCUUCCGUCCCACUUGUUGGUGGAAAGCCAAUUGAUCCCAAGAGACGCCGUGCCCCAGUCACUGAUGAUAACUGGAUGCUUGAGCACGCCCGUGCUGCUAGCUCCUUCAACCAUAAGCUCGCUGAUAUGCGCCGAGCUAAUCUGAAGGGCGUCUACGAUGUGCACACCAACAUCAUGCAAGUCCCGAAGAUCAUGCAGCCCACCCACGUCCGCUGGGAGCGUAUCCCCCCUGCGCCAGAGGGAUCCACCGCAGCCGGUUUAACGACCAACAUGAACUCACUGAACAUCAACAAAGGCUCUCCCUCAGAAGAGGCCAACCCAGCCGCACCCGAAACCAACGAAUCUCAUGACCCCGCCGACGAAUCCGCCCCUGGUGAGACCAAAAAACUCGCUAGCAUUUUUUCUCCCGUUCCCGCCAAUAUCCACAGUCGCUACGUUGUCCAAGACAUUGCCUACGAAUCCCCGCAGUACUCCAACAUGGGCGUUCCAGGCCCAGAUGGCGACGUACACGACAUCGGUCCAAAUGGGAUGGUCAGCGUCGCGAACCCCACAAACCCCGAGUUUAUGACUCCCGAGAUCCUCGAGCUCCUCCCACCAGAGUGCAAGGAAGCCCUGGUCGACGCCUGCGCUCGUGAAGUCGAGUGGAAGUCCAAGUGGCGCACCGAGACCGAGGACGGGCUCCGUACUCAACCUACCAAGAGCUACGCCUGGUACCCUUAG